AUGGCUUCCUCCAAACGCAAGAAGUCUGCUGCUCCUAAUGGGCCACCUACUACGAACAAGUCCGCCAAACCCGUUCCUGACAAACCUGCUCCGCGCCGCUCCGCCCGUAACCUGAACGACGUUAAACCUGUGACCGAACCCGGCGCCGGCAUGCGCCCCACCCGUGCCGAAAUCGCACGAGAGCCACCCGCAAAGCGCCGCCAGCUCAGUCGCAGCAAGAUGGAGGCGUCUCAGGAUGGCGUGCUUUGCGCCAUGAAAGAACUCGGCGAGAUGGAGAACCGCUUGCAAAAUGCCAACAGAACCUCACGCCUGGCCGUCGAAGCAAGCGCCGUUAGUCCUCCCUACAACGUUGUGCGACCAGAGGAUCGUGCCUUCAGACCCCGUUUGGAUACGAGAAGGACUGAUCCUGAGGAUCGCGCUCGCAAAGCCGAGGAAGAGCGUUCUGGCACCCCUAACCUGGACGUCGCACCGAUCAAUGGGCCUGAGGGUGAAGCUGCGGCGGGUGACGUUGAGGAUGACAAGAUUCGUGGGGAGGACGUCCCCGAAAGAGGUGCUGGGAGGGAACCACCAAUCAACAGUGCCUGCUUGCCUUUGCCAUGGAAAGGUAGAUUGGGUUAUGCUUGUCUCAACACAUACCUCCGUGCUGCCAACCCACCGGUCUUCAGUUCGAGGACUUGUCGCAUUGCGUCCAUUUUGCAACACCGGCAUCCGCUAGCAGAUCCAAGUCAGCCAGAACACUCGACCAAGAAUCGUCCCGACGAGACAAAGCCUGCCGAUAUCCAGCGGGGCCAGAAGUACGUCCAGGAACUCGGGCUGGCUAACGCCAGGGACAUCCCAAAGAUGCUUCGAUGGAACGACAGGUACGGUAUCAAGUUCAUGCGCCUCAGCUCCGAAAUGUUUCCUUUCGCCAGUCAUGAGGAAUAUGGCUACCGUCUCGCCCCUUUCGCUGCCGACACCCUCGCAGACGCGGGCAGAGUGGCCGCCCAGCUGGGCCAUCGACUGACUACACAUCCGGGUCAGUUUACACAGCUGGGAUCUCCUCGCAAAGAAGUCUUCACCGCUGCUGUCCGCGAUCUGGAUUACCACGACGAGUUGCUUUCGCUGCUCCGCCUUCCCGAGCAGCAAAACCGUGAUGCAGUCAUGGUUCUGCACAUGGGGGGCACAUAUGGCGACAAGGCGUCCACCUUGGACCGGUUCCGCACCAAUUAUGCCAAGUUGUCGGCAUCCGUUAAGCAGCGCCUCGUGCUGGAAAAUGACGACGUGUCCUGGUCUGUCCAUGACCUUUUACCAGUAUGCGAGGAGUUAAACAUUCCUAUGGUCCUUGACUUCCAUCACCACAAUAUCAUCUUUGACUCGAGCCAGUUACGAGAGGGUACCGAAGACAUCACAAAACUCUUCGAUCGAAUUCGCGCGACCUGGACACGCAAGGGCAUCAGACAAAAGAUGCAUUACAGUGAAUCUUGCCCUGGUGCCACCACGCCGCGUGACCGACGAAAGCACUCUCCGCGUGUACGCACAUUGCCUCCUUGCCCCCCCGACAUGGAUCUCAUGAUCGAGGCCAAGGACAAGGAGCAGGCCGUCUUCGAGCUCAUGCGUGCUUUCAAGCUUCCAGGAUACAAUACCUUCAACGACAUUGUGCCUUAUGAACGAUUGGACGAGCUUCGCAUGGAAGAGUGGCUGAAGCCUAAGAAGCGAGAGGUAAAGAGGAGCAAGUCGACCAAGUUGACAGAGAAGGUUAAGGAGGAGGUCAAGGAAGAAGAGGAGUGA